AUGUCAGACAGGCCGUCACCACCUCUCCGGGCGAGGACGCAUUCACCGCAGCAGAAGGAAAAAUACAGCCCACCCCAGGACCAGCAUGACCGCCGGCAGCUCCACUCCGCCGAGCACGAGGGCCCCGGAGGCCGCUCCACGGAUCGGCUCGGUGCAGUGCCACCGCGCAGGAUGGUUUAUGAAGGAGGCGAACGGCAGCAGCCGCCGCCGAGCAGCUCAGCGCUGCGACCUACAGACCAGCGCCCGGAGCUGCGACCGUCGUCGUCUUCUGCUGAGACCGACACCGCACAACAGCCGUCUUCCCAGAUGGGUCCCUUCGGCUAUUCCGCCUUCGGCGCGUCCGGCAGCUUCGCCCCCGGCUAUGGCGGUCCAACUGUCGCCCUGCAGCCCCCCGCCCCGCUAGCUAGCCAGAUGCCGUCGUUACGAAACACCAAAACCGCGCGCCGAAACAAGGCUCACGUUGCUUCGGCCUGCGUCAACUGCAAAAAGGCCCAUCUCAGCUGCGACGUCCAGCGGCCGUGCACGCGCUGCGUCACUUCGGGCAAAGAGACCUCAUGCUACGACGUCCAGCACAAGAAAAGGGGCCGCCCCAGGCUUCGCGACGUCCAGGAGAGCAGACCUCCGCCAGGCCACGAGCUAGCCGAACACUCGACGUCAGCUAGUGAGAGCCCAGUGCCUGGUCUGGCGCCUCAUGUAGGCGUGCGGCCAGAUUCCAGUCGCCCGCUUCGAGCCACUCGAAGGAGUUUCGGAGUGCCCCCGGCAACUUUUCGGCAUCCCACUUCGACCGUGCAAAGUCUGUCGCCAAGUCCUUACCCCCAGGAGGGUGCGGUGCAGUAUCCGACACUCGAGUACGCACGAUCAGCGCCCUCUUACGUGACGCCCAUGGCGUUGCUGAAUCUAGACCUCCACAUCAUCAAAACGAAUCAGGCCUUCAACCUGCUCUUCAACCGGUCAGACUUCUACGGACGAGACCUGUCCGAGCUUGUCGAGUCCCAUCACGCGGAAACGGUGUACAGGCUACGGAGCGAGCUGAGAGAAGAGCGGGAUCAGCGAGAACCUUCGUACAUGCCUCCUAUUUUUGGUCCUAGGGAACAGGAGGCGGUUCAAAACGUUGAAGAAGAGGAUUUGGAACGCAUCAGCCUGGGCUACACGGAUCGUAGAUUCACUUGGCGAUUCAGCUCUAUUUUUGGACAGCCGCAGGAAGUGCGUGUCCGCGUGCGUCUUGCAAAGACCUCAAUAUUUUUCGUCUCCUUGACUUUACCAUCGUUUGACCGAGCUCAAUUCUCGCAGCCCACUAGUGAGCAGCAACAACCCCAACGCUACCCGCAUGUCUUCGCUACACCGGUUCCGCCUCAUAGAUCGUCACGGCCGUCAUCGAGAGCCGCCCCAACCGAAUACCCAUACUCGCCGUUCGGGCAUAAUUCACCUCUUCCCGUCGCUGCUGAGCCGCAAUCCCCGUAUUCAUACUUCUCCCUCCAAAAUCUCACUUCAUCCCUCCCACCGGCGGCAGCUCCUACGCCGACAGCACAGACAUACUAUGGACAGGCACCUCCCAGUGGGUAUGGAUACUCGCGUGGAUCGUGGUCAUCCACUGGUAGCGCGGAGCUUCAUGUACCUUCUUACGAGGUGACGCCUAGAAGACCGUCUGGCCAGGUUUUAGCAGCCGAGGGUCCCUGGCACAAUGAUCCGAGAACAGCUUGGCAGCAACAACAACAACAUCAUCCCUACCCGGCAUACCAGAGACGGCCGGUUUCGAGGGGUGAGCAACAGCCCGUGUGGGACCCUGCCCAGCCACCUGAAGGCCUUGCUCCUGCUUCGGUCCGUAGAGUUUCGUUGGACGAAAGGCGUAGCCAAGGCACCUCAGAGGGGACACAGGAGGAGGAGCCAUCCAAGCGACGGAGACUGAAUAUACGGGACAUCAUUUAG